UCCUCCAUUUUCUUCCGGAAAGCUCUCUCUCUCUCUCUCUCGCUUUUCGUGAAUCUAUACAGAGAUCUUUUAGGGUUUCUUCUGCCCCUGACAAGAAAAGAAGGUCAAGUAUGUAUAAUUUCUGUCGCUAAUCUGUGGAAAAUUGAAUUAUCUAAGCUUUCGUUUUCUGUAAUUUUAGAAGAUUUGGGGUUUGUUUUCUGUGGUUUUGGAGGGACGACUGAUCGAUUAUUCGGGUCUAUUUGGUUACCUGGAAUUUGUAUAUGUUUCCUUUUUGGAUUCUGUAAUUUGGAUCCGUGAAUUUCCCUUUCGUAGGAAUUUUGACCAUUUAAUUGCGAGGUCGGUGAAUUUUUCGAUUUGUGAUCUGAAUUUAAACUUCUUUUUGGUCUUAAUAUCUAUUGGAGAGCGUCUGUCGGCUAGAAUUGAAAGAUAUGGUGUUUGUGAAAUACGAUCUAUGUUUAUUCCGGAUUUAAUGAGUUUAGGGACUUGGAACAACUUGCAAGGUGCUUCUAUGAUUAGUUUGGUAGGAAAUUGAAGGACCAAGUGAGUCAAGGAAUUUCAAGAUUAAGAUUAAAAAGAUUCGGGUGGGCUCUCAGAGUCGUUUAAUCUUCUUCACUUAAAUUGUGGUGGAAUCAGGUGUCUGAGGGUAUUUACUUAAGAGCCAGUGGGACUAAAGAGUUCAGCAGGAAAAGUAUUUGUGUAUGGGCAUUGUUUCAGGGAAGUGAAUUUAUGUUUAGGAAGGGAGCAUGGCUGCUGCGACUGAUUUAUCGCCUCCAUUUGCCGUAUUAGAAGGUGGGUAUGGUAAGGACAAUGCAUCUUCCGUGGAAGAUGAAAAUUCCGAGGUAUUGGAAAGCCUGAAACAGAUGAAGAUCGGGAAACCUCCACGUCAUCUAUCUGUUAUGCGACAUUGUGUGAGCUCUGCCCGAUUGGCUGCUCAGGCUGAAGAAUUGGAAUUUGAGACGUUUGGCAUAAAAUCGCCCUCGACUGGAAAAUCUGGCUUUUUACCUGUCUUCCGUUCAGGAAGCUGUUCCGAGAUUGGACCAAAACAGUAUAUGGAGGAUGAGCACAUCUGUAUAGACAAUCUUCUUGAACAUCUUGAUGCGAACGUGGAUUUCCCUUCUCCAGGAGCUUUUUAUGGGGUAUUUGAUGGGCAUGGUGGUUUGGAUGCGGCAUCAUUUGUCAGAAAGAACAUUCUCAAGUUUAUAGUUGAGGACUCCCAUUUUCCUGAUUGUGUAGAUAAAGCUCUUAGAAGUGCAUAUUUGAUAGCUGACCAUGCAUUUGCUGAUGCUCAUUCUCUAGACAGAACCUCUGGCACCACAGCUCUGACUGCUCUUAUUUUUGGAAGGACCAUGCUAAUAGCCAAUGCUGGGGAUUGCCGAGCUGUGUUGGGAAAACGAGGUAGAGCAAUUGAGCUGUCCAGAGACCACAAACCCAACUGCACCUCUGAAAGAUUAAGAAUUGAGAAACUGGGAGGCAUCAUUUAUGACGGCUACCUUAAUGGCCAGUUGUCAGUCGCACGGGCCCUUGGAGAUUGGCACAUGAAGGGCCCAAAAGGCUCUGCUUGCCCGUUAAGUGCAGAGCCAGAGUUGAGGGAGACAAUCCUGACCGAGGAAGAUGAGUUCUUGAUCAUAGGCUGUGAUGGUCUGUGGGAUGUAAUGAGCAGCCAGUGUGCAGUGACAAUCGUAAGGAAAGAGCUGAUGAUCCACAAUGAUCCCGAAAGAUGCUCGAGGGAAUUGGUGAGAGAGGCACUCAAGCGCAACACAUGUGAUAAUCUGACUGUUGUUGUAGUCUGUUUCUCCCCUGACUCACCUCCUCGGUUAGAGAUCUCUAAAUCCCGAGUUCGGAGAAGUAUAUCAGCAGAAGGGCUGAACUUUUUGAAGGGAGUGCUGGAUAGCAAUGUAUGAUGUCUGGCGGCCUGUAUAAAAGAAUUUGUGGGUUUACAUGAUUGGAGAUUUUUGCUGAGCUGCGUCCCUUGGUCAUAGCCAACAUUCAGCCUUGUUCAGGGAGCAAUAACAAAAAAAAAAAGAAUGUAUUGAGUGACCAAAUCCUGUACAUUUGAGAAUUGAUUUGAGAUUACAUUAUUUUGUAUUGAUUGAAAA